GAGGAUUGCCGCCACCACGUUAUCGGCAACUAUUAUUUGCUUAUAUUUAAUAAAAUACUCAAUAAAGUUAAGUUCCAUUGCAGGAAAUGGAAUUCUGUUAAAAAUUGAGUGAAACAGACACCACCCCCGACUUAUUUAAACGUUAACCUUAACUGGGUUAACUAAUGCGCUGAAAAAGGGAGCACACGGCCGUUAUUGCAAAACAGCUGUAACAAUGUUAUGCGGUAAAACUUUAGCUAAUAAUUUCUUUAAAUAUAAGAGAAAAGUUUUUUCAAACAUUUCUCAGAGUAUUAGGCGGUGUAUAGGAACUUCUCGGUUACCCAAAGUUUUAUUUUUUGGUACUGACAACUUUUCGUUACCAAGUUUAAAAAAAUUGCACCAGAACAACUUGGACCUUACCGUUGUUACCUCCUUUAAGAGCCCCGCGAACUGUGUGCGCAGCUAUGCCGAGGCACAAAAACUUUCUAUAUACCGAUGGCCAAUAUCGGUGGAGCAGUGUGCUGAUUUCGAGCUUGGUGUUGUGGUGUCUUUUGGACACAUGAUACCAUUGCAUAUUAUUAACGCUCUUCCCCGCGGGAUAAUCAAUGUUCAUGCCAGUUUGCUGCCCCGGUGGCGCGGUGCUGCACCGAUUAUGUAUGCUAUUAUGGAAGGCGACACCAAAACGGGCAUUUCCAUAAUGAAAAUAGAGCCACAUCAAUUUGAUAUUGGGCCCAUAUUGGCGCAACGUGAAAUGCCCAUUAAAAGCACUGUCUACAUGCCAGAGCUUCAUGAUGCCUUGUCGCAAUUGGGUGCCGACUUGCUUGUGGACACAAUCAAUGACUUGGAAGAGAGGCUUUUAAAGGCGAAACCGCAGAACGAUAGAGAGGCCAGCUAUGCUCCAAAGAUUACGUCCCGAAUUACCGAAAUCGCUUGGUGUGAACAAACUGCCAUGGAGCUGUUUGCCCGGCAUCGUGCACUUUACGGGUUUAAGAACCUAACUACAACCUUACAGGACAAAACAGUGUAUCUACUAGAGCUUAAACAGCCUGAACUGCAACUAUCGGCGUCUCCUAAUCCAGCUCCGGGUUACAUUUGCUACCAUCGUGUCCGGAAAUCCUUGAUAGUUGGUUGUGCACGGGGUACCCAGCUGGAGGUGUUGCAGCUACGAAUCGAAGGUAAAAAACCAAUGAGCGCGCACGAUUUUAACAAUGGAUUCCUUAAACGGACACAAUCGGUGCAAUUUACGCAAAAUAAACAAGUUGUCUUCUGUUAACAAA